AUGCUGAGCCCUGUGACAACCAAUUACCGCAGAUCGGAGUCUAAGCUUCGUUUUGCAUACUUUGAGGACCCUCGGGAUGCUGCACUCUGGACCAGCGGGCAGAAGCCUGUGCACCGUCCAGGGCGGGUAGCACACAUCCAGCAGUACCAUGCCGCCACUGGGACCUGGAGCGCGGUGGUGGAGGCCCCGGGCCCAGUCUCCUCGGUCACCCUGCUCAAGCAGGGGGUACGCGUGGCGCACCGCGACCUCAAGCGCGACGCAGCGGGUCUUGCUUCCGGCGUGCUUGUCGUCUCUUCGGGGAGCACGCCCACCGCCAGCAACAGCCGUCACCGCAAGGAGGCAGAGCGCAUGGCCGCCCGUACAGCCUCCAGCCGCCGCCUGCUGGCCACCAGCGACUGCACCCUGGACAUCUCGGGCACCGCCCACUCCUUCACGGCCUGCCAGAGCGUGGCCACCGGCUUCACCGUCUACACGGCGCUGGAGGCCGGCGUCGGCGGCGCCGCCGUCCUGCGCGCCGGCGUAUCGGCGGAUGCAUCCGGCGGCUGGGCCGGCUUCGGCGUCUCCGCCGACCAGUCCAUGGUGGGGGGGCACGUGGGCGUGGUGGCGGUUGACUCCGGCGCCGCCUCAGGAGCCAGUGUGUCGGGCUACACGCUGCCCUCCUACACCGCCUCGCGCGUGAAUGCGGCCAAGGGGUCGCUCACCCUCUCCGAUACCAGCGCCAUCGCGUUGUCCGACGGCACGCUUCGCGCGACGUGGUCCUUCCCCCUCAACCAGACCCUGGCCGAGGCGGAGGCCGCCGAGACCGGGUUCAUCUACGCCAUCGGGCCCCUGGCCGGGGCAGGCGUGCUGGGCUCCCACAUCACCACGCUUUCCUGCAGGCUGGUCGGGCUGUCCAGCGGCGCGGGCGAGGAGUUCGGGUCCUGCGCCUCCCUUCCCUCCUUCGGCAGCGGGCUCAACCUGUUCUGGACCGCACGCGAGGCCUCGGGGUCAAACGCGGCCACGGUGACCUGGGGCAUGAAUACCAGCGCCAGCGACGGCUGGGUGGCGGUCGGCUUCCCCGCCUCGCCGGGGGAGAUGGUGGGCGCCAACGCCGCCAUCCUGUCCUCCUGCCCCACCUGCGCCUCGGGGGUCAGGCUGGAGGGCUACUACCUGGCCGGCACCAGCCAGGCGGACGUCCAGCCCCCCUCCCGCAUCCAGCUCUCCGACAUCUCCGCCUCGCGCCUGGACGGCGGCGGCAUGGCGGGCGCGUUCACCGUGACCCUGGCGACCAGCGGCACGGCCCGCCGCCGCGGCCUGCUGACCCUGGGCACCCAGCCCAUCAUAGUGGCGUCGGGGCCCGUGGGCGCCGACGGCUCCAUCCAGCAGCACGACCUGUAUGGGGCAAGCACCGUGAACCUGGCAGACGGGGGCUCGGCCAGCGUGGACGGCACGUCCGACGACCUGAGCCUGAUCAAGGUGCACGCCGCGCUGCUCACCGUGGGCUGGGGCAUCCUCAUCCCCACCGGCAUCCUGCUGGCCCGCUCCUUCAAACGCCACGACCCCCUCUGGUUCUACGGCCACAUCGCGGUCCAGACCCUGGGCCUGGCCCUGGGCAUCGCCGGCGUGGGCAUCGGCUUCCACCUCGUCGGCGGCUGGACAGCGCCCAACGACACAGUGCAGACUCACCGCGACCUGGGCGUCACCAUCCUGGUCCUGGGUGUGGUGCAGUUCCUGCUGGCGCUCACCAAACCGCACAAGGAGCACCGGCGCCGUGGGUGGUGGAACCUGGUGCACAAAUGGCUGGGGCGCGCCGUCGUGAUCAUCGCCAUCGCCAACAUCUACUAUGGCUACAUCAGGGUGUACGACUUAGGUGUGUGGCCCUACGCCACCUACUCGGGCGUCCUGGGCCUCAUCCUGCUGGUGGGCCUGGUGCGGGAGGUCCAGCUGCGCCGCGAGAGUGCCAGGCUGAGGGUCUCGGCCUCGGGCCAGUUCCUGGCCACCCAGAACGCGCUGGCCAUGCAGGACGAGCGGGAGUCAGAGAGCUCCACGGGGCCCCUCAAGCAGAAGGCCGCAGUCUGA